GCGGCCUUUAGCGAGUUAGCUACUACUGGAAGCAUAAUCAUAAUGAGUUUUGCAGAGAAGCCAGAGGACAUAACAAGGGAAGAGUGGAUGGAUAAACUCAACAAUGUCCACAUUCAGAGAGCUGAUAUGAACAGGCUCAUUAUGAAUUAUCUGGUUACAGAGGGAUUCAAGGAGGCAGCGGAAAAGUUCAGGAUGGAAUCUGGAAUAGAGCCUAGUGUUGAUUUGGACUCUUUAGAUGAAAGAAUUAAAAUCAGAGAGUUAAUAUUGAAGGGACAAAUCCAGGACGCCAUCGCUCUAAUCAACAGUCUCCACCCAGAACUGCUGGAUACAAACCGUUACCUUUACUUUCACCUGCAGCAGCAGCAUCUUAUUGAACUGAUUCGUUUGAGAGAGACGGAAGCUGCGCUUGAAUUCGCACAGUCUCAGUUAGCAGAGCAGGGGGAGGAGAGCCGAGAAUGCCUGACCGAGAUGGAGAGGACGUUGGCCCUGCUGGCAUUUGACAACCCUGAAGAGUCCCCCUUUGGAGACCUGCUCAAUAUGAUGCAGAGACAAAAGGUAUGGAGUGAAGUGAAUCAGUGUGUGCUUGACUAUGAAAACAGAGAAUCUACACCGAAGCUGGCCAAGCUCCUGAAGCUAUUGCUGUGGGCUCAAAACGAACUCGACCAAAAGAAAGUGAAGUAUCCCAAAAUGACCGAUCUCAGCAAGGGAACCAUCGAAGACCCAAAAUAAGGACUCAGUCUGAAAACCYACCACUGCAUUACCAACAAAUGGACACAUUUCACUUAUCUAUUUAUAACCAAUGAAGCUGGAUCAUUUAGAGUUCAACCUUUUCUUUUUUGUAAGGGUUGCUUUUUUGAUACCUUUAAUAACUCGGAAUGAGUGGACAAACUGGAUUGAUUGCAUUUUAAAGCUUCUUCUCUCACUAAAAUAAUAUGCAGAUUACUUCUUUUGGUAUUGUGAUUUACAUAUUUGUUUAUGUAAGGCUAGUAUGGUUCAGUUACGCUCGUUUUUUCUGUCUGCUGGCAGGGAAAGUUGUUGGCAUAGGAGGAUGUGAAUAAAGCCUAAAUUAGGCUGAUAUAUUCUGUGUGUGACCACUGAGAGGAGACGAGGUUUGAUCAGGGAAACAUUUGCUCAGUGAGCACUGCUUAAAAAGAAAACUUGUAAAAUCACACACGCUUCAACUGGUGGCAUUUCAGCUGGUACUUUAAUGGGAUGAGUAGAAACGGGUUAUUUCGGGGCAUUUUAGGCUACUGCUCUGUUCAGUUUAAGAUAUGAUGCAGUAUUGUUUGAGACAUUCAUUUUAGAUGCUGAUCAAGAUGACAACAAAAAAGUACAACUUUUCAAACUUAAAGGUUAAAACAGCAAAUGAUGUGUGAUAGUAAGAUUACUGGAGUGCUAGGUGUUUUACAGCAUACUGUGACUAGCUUGAGAGAUUAUGUUUAAAGAUGUGAAUGGCUAAAGCGAUGGACAUGGAAGCACUUGUUGGAUUAUUUACAUUUGUAGGCAAAAUUUUUACGUGCUCUGAUUUGCUAGUUUAUUAUUUUGCAAUAAAAGUGAACUUUUAAACCAA